CUGGCGGAGCUGAAGCAGGAGUGUCUGGCACGUGGCCUGGAAGCCAAAGGCAACAAGCAGGACCUGAUCAACAGGCUGCAGGCGUACCUGGAGGAGCACGCUGAAGAAGAAGCAAACGAAGAAGAUGUCCUGGGAGAGGAAAUAGAGGAAGAAGAGCAGAAGCCGGUGGAGCUGCCUGCCAAAGUAGAAGAGCCUCCUGUAAAAUCGCCCGAUGUGAUUACGGAAAAGAAGGUAGUGAAGAUAACGUCGGAAAUAUCGCAGAUGGAGCGAAUGCAGAAGAGGGCUGAGCGCUUCAACGUGCCCGUGAGCCUGGAGAGCAAGAAGGCGGCACGGGCAGCUCGGUUUGGUUUGGCCACAGUUUCGACUAAAGGCCUCUCUGCAGACAGCAAACCCACGGUAAACAUGGAUAAAUUAAAGGAAAGGGCUCAAAGAUUUGGGUUGAAUGUCUCCUCGCUCUCCAAAAAGAGCGAAGAAGAUGAGAAGCUGAAGAAGCGGAAGGAGCGGUUUGGCAUCGUGACGAGUUCAGCCGGGGCUGGAGCCACAGAGGACACAGAGGCAAAGAAGAGGAAAAGAGCAGAACGCUUCGGGAUCGUCUGAUGCCAGUGGUUUUUUUUUAGCUUCAGCCCAUUUGCAGUGUGCCUCGAGUGCGUGCAUCCUCCUCCUCCUCUCUCUUCCCCCCACUUUCCCUCACUCCCACACUGUUUCUCUAGGUUUUAGUGAACGAGUAGACAGGGAAUCCCCCGUAGUUGUAUGAUUGUGCUACUGGGUUUUGUUUUCCCCACACACACACCCCCCUCCCUCCAAGUUCCAAAGUUUAAAAAUGAAGAAAAGUUGAGCAAAAAAAAAAAGAAGAAACUGUUCUCGGUGCAUCUCCGGCCGCCCGCAGCCCCCCGCGGUUUCCAGCUGCUGUGGGGUCAUUGGCAGCAGCUCCCACCGGAGGUACCGUCCGGCGGGGAGGGACGGAGCGUGUCCCGGUGCCUUCCCGGUGCCGCCGUGGCGAGCUCUGCCCCGUAGCUAGGUGGGCAGUCAGAGCAAGGGUAGGAGGUGAGGAAGGGGAAGCACUGAGCGGAGCUCGAGCAGCGUUUGCUCUGCCCUCGGCACUUGCUUGAGGGACCCCAACGUGCUGCUGGAGCCGGGGCUGAUGUAAACCCGUUGUCUUUGCCGUCCGAUGCUGCCUCCAGCUCUCAGACCACCUGGUCCUCUCCUCCUCCUCUUCCUCCUCCUCCUCUUCCUCCUCCUCCCUGUGGAAACGGGCCCCCCGGCGUCAUGGUCCCUUCCCAGCAGCUGGGAGCGGCACGAUGGGUGAUGCGACUCCUGCUCCGGAGCUCAGCUCCCUGCCCCUGGCUCGCCCCAGAGCGGGCAAGUUCAACCUCAGGGAAGGAUUUUUCCCAAGUGGAAGCGGCGUGCCGGUAGGUGGUUUCACGGCUGUGGUGAAGGGGAAUUGCCAGCGUGGGAAUUGCUGCUUCACCCUCGAUCGAGACGGGCACCCUAAAACGAGGAGGAAAAUGUAGCGACAGAGCCCGUUCUCAGCGCUUCGCUCAUCCCACCCCAGCCCCUCGGCGGCGGUUUCCAGGUCCACGAUACGUUUCUCUCCUUAAACAACAACCCAGCAGCCGCUUUGCCCGAUGGCUGUUCCCAGGCUGGAUUUUAUCUCGUCCUCAACCCUGCUGUCCUCCGGGGUGCCGGGACCCCUCGGUUCAAGCGUGGAAACCCUCGGUAGCUCCGCAGGACCCACGGUGUCCAGUACCCGUAACCCUUCAGGGUGACAUUCUGGAGGAAAAUCAAUCAAAUCGGGUCCAGUCACACCACAUGCCGCAGCCCCUGGGCUGGGAAAAGCCCUUCCCUGGGGUGGGUGGAAGGAGCGGUGGCAGCGGUGACACCGGUGGCAUUUGCCCUUCCCCCCCCCUCGCCUGCCGGAGCUCCCCUCCCGCGCAUCCCUCAGCCCCGGGUGCAGCAGGAAUCCGUCCAUCCACUUGGAUUUUGGGGCAGGCGGCGCGGCCGCAAUCCUCUGGGCUGGACUGACGCCCUAAAUCCUUAUUUCUAACCGGGGAGAUGUUUGCUGUAUCUUCCUUAAGAUACCCGAGAGCAGCCGGGGGGAGGGAGGGGGGGGGGGGUUAACAGAUGGAGCUUUCCGGAGGCUUGGACCUGAUUCUCGAUAAGCAAUAUAUAGAUAGUUAUAUUUUUUAACAUAGAAAUCUUCCAACCGCUUCUGUUCCGUUAGCGUUUGUGGUCCGAGCGCGGCCGCCUGCCCUCGGUGGUCGAAGCAAUACCGUGGACCUUGGUUUAUUUUCCCAAAGGGCAGCUAAAAGCCACGGGGGUCCGGGGGUCCGGUGCGUGUCUUGGGGUCGUCAGUGAAUCGAAGCUCCCUCACUCCUUCCUGAUUCCAUGUAAUAAUUUUAUUCUGGGAAGUUUGUGGGUUUUUUUGGUUGUUUGUUUUUUUUUUUUGUACGUCGGAUUUUGUAAGAUGUAUUUUCUAUUUGGCUUUCGAUCUUUUCGCUGGUUAUUGGCUUGAGAUGUUUUGUAGUGUGCCAGGGCAAACGCUGCGUUUCAUUCUCGGUUUCGUAAUAAAACUGCUGCUCCAAGGCA